UGGAUGCCCGACGGACGGACGGACACAAUAAUCCCCUGUGGGCUGGUGGAACCAGGAGGUUCCUACCAGUAAAACGGUUCCUCCAGUCAACUUUACUUUUGCAUACCGUCAACCCAUACGAUUUAUCCCGUAUUGUACAGGGAAAUUGAGUCGUCAGGCGUACAGCCGUUUCAAUAAGGGCAUUUAAACAACGACUUUGUGUUUCUCCCUUGUGGUGCGACUUUGUAGGAUGAACGUUGAGAUUUGUAAGGGCACGGGGUGACCAAUAAGGUCGGAAUUGGUCUGUAAUAAAGUAGGGCACUGAUAAGGGGUUGAUAGGUUUGUAGUGGUGAGUGUCGUGGUGGUGAGUGUAGUGGUGGUGGGUGUUUAUUUGUUUGUGUUUCUCCCUUGUGAUGGGACUUUGUAGGAUGAACGUUGAGAUUUGUAAAGGGCACGGGGUGACCGAUAAGGUCUGAAUUGGUCUGUAAUAAAGUAGGGCACUGAUAAGGGGUUGAUAGGUUUGUAGUGGUGAGUGUCGUGGUGGUGAGUGUAGUGGUGGUGGGUGUUUAUUUGUUUGUGUUUCUCCCUUGUGAUGGGACUUUUUAGGAUGAACGUUGAGAUUUGUAAGGGCACGGGGUGACCAAUAACGUCUGAAUUGGUCUGUAAUAAAGUAGGGCACUGAUAAGGGGUUGAUAGGAUUGUAGUGGUGAGUGUCGUGGUGGUGAGUGUAGUGGUGGUGGGUGUUUAUUUGUUUGUGUUUCUCCCUUGUGGUGCGACUUUGUAGGAUGAACGUUGAGAUUUUAAGGGCACCGGGUGACCAAUAACGUCUGAAUUGGUCUGUAAUAAGCACUUGGUGAUGAUGAUGACGGAGGGCGGCGAUGACGGACAGCGGUGAGAGGUCAAGGGUUUGAGGUCGAGGAGCGGCGGGGGGGCGGAGGGUGGCAGACAUUGCCCCCCCACAUUGCCAAGGGCAGCAACAUGAACGCUGACGGCCGAAGCGUUCGCAUCAUCGAGUGGGAGGACCUGGACAAGCGCAAGUUCUUCACCUUGGGAAUCGUGAUGACCCUCGCGAUCCGCGCCGCCGUCUACCCCGCGUCGCUUAUCCGCACGCGCCUGCAGGUGCAGAAGGGCAAGAGCGUGUACAAGGGCACGGCGGACGCCUUCGCAAAGAUCGCGCGCGCCGAGGGCGCCCGGGGCCUCUACCGCGGCUUCCUGGUCAAUGCCCUCACCAUCGUCUCGGGCCAGGCCUACGUGACGACCUACGAGCUCGCGCGCCUCUACGUCUCGCGCUUCAGCGACAGCAACGCGCUCAAGUCGCUGGUGGCCGGCGGCUGCGCGUCGCUAGUCGCGCAGAGCAUCACCGUCCCCAUCGACAUCAUCUCGCAGCACCUCAUGAUACAGGGGAAGGACAGCGGCACGAUGGGCCGGUUCCACUUGUGCGCCACGGAAGGCUCGUCCCUACCGCUGGGCCGCUGGCGCAUCGUGGCGGCGCAGAUCCUGCGGGCGGACGGGCCGGCGGGCUUCUACCGUGGCUACACCGCCUCGCUUCUCACCUACAUCCCCAACAGCGCCGUGUGGUGGCCCUUCUACCACGCCUACACCGCUGGCGAGCGUGGCGCCCGAGGGCUGCCCGAGCCUGGCCCUGCAGGCGGUGGCUGGACCCCUUGCCGCCCUCACCGCCAACACCGUCACCAACCCCAUGGACGUCGUCCGCACGCGCAUCCAGGUGGAGGGCAAGUCGUCCAUCGUGGGCACGGUGCGGCAGCUGCUGGCCGAGGAGGGGGCCUGGGGCUUCACCAAGGGCCUGUCGGCGCGCCUCAUCUCCUCGGUGCCCACCACCGUGGUCAUCGUCGUCGGCUACGAGACGCUCAAGAAGCUGAGCCUGCGCGCCGAGCUCAUCGACUCGCGCUGCUUGUGACGCCUACCCGCCGUCCCGCCCGUCACGCCGCGACCCACCCACCCCACUCCCCCCGCCAGUAUCGCGACGAGGCUUGCUUGUGUUUCGACUCCAACGAGAAGAGACAACGGACGAUGAACAGGCAAAGCCAUAGAGCCACUCAAUGUGUUGUAAUGGUCAAGUUGCAGCCCUGCCGUUUUUUUGGCUCAUGCGACAGCCACGCUCGCCCGGACGUCUCGGUUGGGGGGGGGGGAGGGGUCUUGUGGGAGCGGCCGCCACGAAUUGACCUCCGCCGCUUGACGUGACUGCGGCCAUUCCUGUUUACGCUGCUGGGAGAUGGAAUUGAACCGGUGACCUCCUGAAUUGCAGGUCUGCUCGGUGUGCUGCUCACCCCUUGUACCCCCGUGGCAGCAGCGUCCCAACUUAUUUAUGUUUUUACUUUUUACUUACACUAAUUUAACGACGAUAAUUUUUUUAUGCAUAUCGCUGGCCCGUUAAGCUCCGCGAACACAGCGGCGGUAACUUGGCGAUCGCACGGGCGGUGCAACCUCACCGGAGCCCCACGAGCCGCUGGCAUCUUGAGCCCCCACGCUAAUCGGGUGCUAGAGAGGGGGGGAAGUAUUUUAUCCCCGGCUACGCGACGCCUGCCACGUAAAGACCACCACUCGCCAUCGACGUUUGCCCAUCACCGUGGGCAAUCCGAGCUGCACUGAUCGGGUGCUGGGAGGGGGAGGGAGGGAGGGGAGUUGGCGGGUGAAUAUGUUGAACCUGGCAACAAUGCCGCGUUAUUUUACGUGAUCUGAAGAAAGUCCAUUGCCUGAAACGCCACCUAUUACUUCAUCUCCAUUUUAAGGCCACAGUGUUAUUGACGAACGUGAGUUGUUACUUGUGUACCACUGCCAACGCAGCCUCAGCAGCAGCAUUGCCCAACGGAUAUAAUACGAGUGAAUUACUUGAUCACUGCAUUUUCAUUUCACACGGUCAUCACAUGGAUCCACCGUUGCUGGCCAUACAGAGACGUCGGAACGACGGCCAGAGUUACGCCACAUCGGGUGGUACCGCUCAGCGAUACGUCUGCCCCAGGUUCAUGGAGACACGUGGCUGACAAGGUUACAAAUAUGUCCAAUUGACAAACUGCCCCCUCCCCCCUUCGAUAACCAUUAGGCCCCCCCCCCCUCUGUUCAUAGAGGGUGAGGUUAAGAGGUCGUUGAUGUCACCACAGCAUACACACACACACCUCGCAAUCGUUAAAGUCAAAUCUUGAACGUCGAGGUGUGGGUUCUCUCUUCCCCUCGGUCGCUGACCUCUGGAUGUCGGUCCAACGCCGGUCUUGGUGACCUGGCCUCCUCCUCGACCACACGUCCCACCCAUCACAUCCUCCGCCUGACCCCAACCGACAAGUUUCUUACUCAAUCGUCCACCCUGCACACACAUCCCACUCCAUCACAACUUCCUCUUCCUGGUUACAUCUACGGCACUUUCGAAAAGCCAUGUUCUACUCACAACCCCCUUUUGUGGAGAUUAAAACAGAGCAAAAAAAAUCAAUGCUAUGCGAUUAUAUAUAUUUUUUCCCCUGUAAUGUAGCUUGAUUGUUUUAAGGCAAGCAGCUAACAAAGCGUCGAACGCUGCUACCUCUCGGACGCGUUGCGUCGAGCGUAAAUUUGUAAACAUAGAAAAAAAGUGAUGCUCGAAGUGCCCAUGUUGCACGCAGCUCCCAGGGAGCGCUGGCGACCGUCUCCGUCCGGCGAUGUCCCUGGAUUCGGCGCGUGCCGCUGCGCCGUCGUCGUAAAAAAAAACUUUCUCGUCCUUCGGCUCUCCGCGGUCGCGUUUGGUGGCCCUCUUGCCGAAACGCUCCGGAGGUUUUAUUUCUCGCGCAGCGAACGUCGACGGGUUUUCGGGCUGCUGGUGUCAGAUGUCCCCUUUUUGACAAGAAACGAAGAAUGUUUAAUGGUUCUCUCUUCCUCUUGACCUUUUAACAAACAAAAAAAAAUGGUUGGGGAUGUAAAGCGUAAUUGUUGCCAGAUCCGCAUGCGGGUUUUUCUCCGUAACCCUUAUUCUCGGAAUCGGAUGCAAUUUUUGCACUUAUUUUUUUACACAUUUUCUCCGAUGUCUUGGCGAUCGAUGCCAGCACCGUCGUCGUUACGUGAGGCCUGAGAAUCCAUUGGAAACCCUCGGUGGGCAGCGCAACCCCCUUCGUGUUCGAGAACGGUCCACGGAAGCGGAUAUCGAAGCGCUACCUCUGAGAUCACCGUCAAGUGAGCUGUGGUGCACGCAGAGGGCAGCACUUUCCCACCCGCUCUGCCGUACGAGCGUAACGCCCGUCACAUGACGAUCAAACUGAGAUUUUAAGCCUCAGAGUUUGGCUUUAGCCAAAUUAAGUGCCGCACCAAAUUUUUACAUCAUUAAUGUUUUGUGCAGUUAUUGGCGACUGGAUUGAGAUCACCAACUCAUUCACUAGAGAACCCAGUUUGACCACAACUCGAUCUAUGAUGUGACUGUUACUGAAUCUGGUUUUAUUUUAGCAGGUAAUGCCCACUGAGCCAUAUGGCCAUAUUUCAGAAGCGAUCUGGCUACAAAUGAUAGCUCAGUAAUAGCUCAACGAAGUGCCUUUUCACGUGAAAAUCUAUAGCAGCCAAAUUCUCCAAACACAUGUUUCUAAAUGUGGAGGGGAAAACCGGAGGAUCCGGAUAAAAAAAUUCGCGUGACCACAGGGAGAACGUGCAAACUCCAAAUAUACAGCAGCAGGCGCCAGGGUCUGGACCGAACUCACGACCUCCUGUAUACCAGGCGACGUAGUCAACAUCUCGCCACCGUGGCGCCCUGUACAAUGGGUCCUCGUGUAAAUCUGCGAUUCUCGGUGUGAGUUUCGUUCGAACCCAGGAUCUCAGAGCGGUCUGACCUCUUGAGCCCCAGCCGUUGUCGGACACACACGAUAAAAAAAAAACGAUCACGUGUGACACGUCAAGUCUCGCAUGCCCAGCGUGUGCUUUUAAUUAUGUACAUAGCCUCGUGUGUACACGUGUACGCGCGUGUGUGCGCUCUCUGCAUCGUGCAUCGUGCGACGGAUUUGAUGGUCUGUUGAAAACGCGACCGCUCGUGGUUGCGGCCUGGAGAGGAGCGAA